AUGGCAGAAGGAGCAGACCACCUCAUGAACUGCCACCAGCUAUCCCCAUCAGCCAACAUCUUACCCAUGCGCGGAAAAGUCUGUCCUUCGCAUAUUUGUCCCCCAUGCACCCAACAACCAGAGCGCUGUUCUUCUUCCUCCAGUCUUUCGCAUGGCUCAGUUCUUCGGCGAUGGAAGAGGAACUGGUUUGAUUUAUGGCUGGAUGGUAGCCUUUAUUAUUAUCAAGAUGAAAAUCGCAAUCAACUGGAAGACAGAAUCCAUCUAAAAAUAAAUUGCUUAAGUGUAAAGGUGGGAUAUGAAUGCACAGGUGGAUUGCCACCCGAGGAAACCAGUAGGGAAUGUAUGCUGAUGAUUCACCUAAAAGACGGGUCAAAACUGAGACUUAGUGCAGACAGCGCUGAUGAUGCACUGGCAUGGAAGCUGGCUUUCCUGGAAGCAAAGUCCAAUGUGGUAUCUGUGUAUGAUCCUGCUGACGAUCAUUAUCAGACCAUUGCUCCAGAUGCGUUUAACACCAUCUACAUCAGUCCAAGGAACUGCGGCUAUCCGUGUCCAGGGUCGAGGAUGACCUGUGUGUAUCACCAGGACCCCUAUAGUAACGCAGGAGGACAAAUUGUGCUGGGGAUGCUUGCUGGGGUUGUCACGGGCACCAUGCUGAGAUCACUCAUGUGGGCACCAUGUUGGUUCUAAAAUGAUGUUGUUGUUAAGACAAU